GCUUGCAAAAACGUCAACAAACCUGCUUCAGAUCGGCUUCUAUUCGACUGUAGUGUCCAUAGGGCGUAUAAACUGAUAUAUAGUCCUAUAUAUCAGUUUAUAUAAAAGAAGACAUCUCCAUAAAACCCCAGGGUACGCCAAUCCCGUUUUCCAGGGGUGCUGACGUCUGAUCAACAAAGAAGUACUACGUUUGAAGACACACCAUAAUCUCAAAAAGCAAGACUAACAAGAGAUAAUACAAGAAAAAAGAGAGAAAGAAAAAAAAAAAAAAAAGGAUCCAGGGGAUAUAGACCAUACAAAAGUCUGAUGAUGGUUACUGGCAGCUAAGAUUUACGUAAAAAAGCAUUCGGAGGUUAUAUUUCAAGAACUUUUAUAAGAAGAGAGGGAAAUAAGAGGCUGAAGUCAUACAAAAAAUGUCUUUCAAGCCUGAUAUCAGCCCUGCAGCACUGCUAAAUCAACUAAAUGAUCGACGUGUGACAGAACUUUUGGCAGAGCAUAUCCCAGAAGAUGAAGCAAAACUCUUAAGUAAUGGAAGAUAUACAUGCUUAGUGUGCAAUGACAGACCAGUAGUUGAUACUCUAACAGUAUUAUCUCAGCAUCGGGUUGGAAAAAAACAUAGAUUUUAUCUUGCCAAGUUCAUGGAGAAGAAGGAAGAGACAGAAAGGCUUAUUUUGAAACGCAAACAGGAAACGUAUUUGAAAAACGGGACAACAGACAACAGUGGCGUCAAGUUACAUCCUGAGAGAGUUCUGGGCCAAGCAACAACUAGAGGCCUGUUAAAGACCUCUUCAACGUACGAUAGCAGAAGUAGGUCAAAAUAUAAACCAUACAGUCGGAAAGUAGUUCUUGAAUUUGACGUAGAAGAAAAAUUAAGUACAAAACAGAUGGAUAAUCCAGUAGGACCGGCAAAUCCCAAAACACAAGUCAGCAAAUACAUUCGUCAGUCGCAAAGAAAGAAAGAUUUCACCGAUGUUGUGGAAGCCAAGAGAAAGUUAACAGUGACGCCCCACAAUAAUGACUCCCCAUAUGUACCGAAACUAAAGACUCCAAAAAAUACGCAAAUUGACGGCCCAGAGAGUUCUUCGGAAGUGCCCAGGCCGAAGGAAAUUGACGAGAGAACCAAAUACUACCAGAAUUUGCGAGCCUCAGGGUGGAAGAAGGAUUUAUCGGGGAAUUGGGUCAGGGAUGAUGAUGCAGAGUUCGACAGUGACGAAGAACCUCCAGAGGAAUAUGAAGUUAAAGUGAAGUGAAACAAGAAUAAUGAGGAGUGAUCCAAAACAGGGGUUACAUCUUUGGAUGACCAGUUCAUCAGAUUUUAUAUUUUAUACAAAUGUGAAAAUAUAAGUCAUUUACCAAGA